AAAUGAGAAACAACAUAAUUGAACUACACAGUCUAUAUCACACAUCUGUCUUUACUCCUUUGAAAACCUAAUUUUGUAGCUCUAGAUAUACAUGGCAGUAAGUAAUGUAAAGCUGCUUGGGAACCGUCCAAGCCCAUUCGUGAACCGGGUCCGAUUUGCUUUGAACCUCAAGUCAGUAGACUAUGAAUUCAUGCUGGAGAAUCCCUCUGAAGGAAAAAGUGAGCUGCUUCUGAAAUCGAACCCAAUUCACAAGAAGAUCCCAGUUCUUAUCCACAAAGAUAAGCCCAUCUGCGAGUCACUAGUGAUCGUACAAUACAUCGAUGAAACCUGGUCAGAUGGUCCUUCCAUACUUCCCACCGAUCCCUAUGACCGCUCAAUCGCUCGCUUUUGGGCUGCUUAUAUGGAUGACAAGUUGGUUCCGUUAUUGAGAUCGCUAGCUGAUGCAACAGAUGAAGAAUCAAAGGCGGCAGUUUUGGAGAAGACAACAGGAGAUUUAGCAUUAUUGGAGGAUGUAUUUCUGAAGUGUAGCAAUGGAAAAGGAUUUUUCGGGGGAGACACAUUAGGGUACCUUGACAUUGCUCUGGGAUGCUAUUUGGGGUGGAUAAUCACAAUACAGAUAGAAAUAAACAAGAAAUUCCUGGAUGAAACCAAGACACCUGCCCUUGUGGAAUGGGCAGAGAGGUUUAAGUCCCACGAAGCUGUAAAAGGAACACUUCCGGAGACUGAAGAACUCCUUCCCCUUCUCAUGAUGAGGAAAGCCGCCGCCGCCGCCGCUGCUCAAUCAUCUGAACCUUCCGAUUGAUCCAAAACUUCCAGUAAUUAUUCGAGACCAGUGCUGUGCCACAGUACUGAUCUUGUGGUUGGAUUAAUAAAACACUGUUAGCCCAAAAAUAACAUUCUCUUGGUGCCCAUUUACCAGUCCACUUUGUGGUAAUAUUGUAGUUGCACAAAAUGCGCGCGUACCUCAUGAACGAUGCGUUUCUCCAUUUUUAUUUUUUUUCCCAUCACAAAUGAAUCACUUUCCUCCACAACUUUCACUUGGAGAAGAAAAAGAAAUUCAUUAACUAUCUCUAUAUAUAUAGUGUAUAAUACAUUAGAUUAAACAAUAUUAAUUACUGUGCCUCAUAUACAACAGGACGUAAUAAGCUUAUUUCUUUGAGAUACAGUCCUCUUGGAAACUUUCAAAUAAAUUACUAAUGGUUUUAAUAAAAGUAAAUUUCCGGCAUGUUAUUUCCACGAAUAGGUUGCGCUUAUACUAUUUCAGCGUAUGCUUCUUCAAGCUUUGAAAUUGUUGGGGAUUUAUCUGGAGUAGAAAAUCCUAUAUGGAACCCAAUAAGUAAGAUAAAACCCAUCUGAACUCAAAAGCUCAAGCUAAUGGGUUCUGAGACCACCUUAUUCAUUAACUGAUUCAU